AUGGCGUAUAUAGGUCAAGCCCACGACGUAGUGGCACUGAAAGACCCUGAAUUCAUCAAGUCAUUUCAUCUACGCGGCCGAAUUCUAUACAAGCAAGCGCUGUCGUGGCGUGAGGUGAUCCGGGCAUAUCUCAAGAGUGACCUGGACGAGGACCAUCUUCACCGGCUGAAGCUACUGGAGAUACACUGCAUCAUAUCAGAGAUCCACUUGGAUUGUAUUCUUAUACCGUGCGACUUGUCUUAUGACCGGUAUGAGGAGACGUUCAAAGCUCUGCUUGACGACUGUACGGCAUGGUUGAAGCAGCAGGUACGAAAUGGUGUUCCUCGUCACAUCACUUUGGGAGAGGGUAUACUGCUUCCACUGUCCGGUAUCGCUCGUCUAUGCCGAGUCCACGAUGUUCGUAUGGAGGCACUCUAUCUCAUACAGAGUGUCACCUGGCAAGAGGGUGCUUGGGAUCCUCAGUUUCUAGCACUGGGGGAGCUUGGUACAGUGUUAAUGGAGGAGCGAGGGCGGGAAGAGACUGGUUUCAUACCAGCGUCUUCAAGGUGGCUUUGGGUGAGCAACGUGGAUGGGGAGAAUGAAGGUGACGGUCCUCUUGGGCUUUAUAUUUCCCGGUUUUUGGGCGAGGAUGGGCAGCCACUGGUACGGGUGAUAUCAUAUGAUAUCUCAUGGUGGGAUGAGGUAUGUGACAUUUCGGGCUGUAAGAAGGAUCAUGCUACAAGAUCAAGAGGGGUUUUUCAACCUAGGCCUAACACAGUACAGAAAGUAUUCAUGUCAGAAUAA